CUCCAUCCCACCUCGGGAACACCAACCAGGUGCAGCGGCUCCCUCCUCCUCCUCCUCCCGGAGCUCAGUGGCUCUGAGCGCGGAGCAGAGACGGAAGAAGCCGCAGUGUGGAGCAGAGAUGUUGGUGCACUGAUAGAGCAGUCCGCUGUGUGAUAACAGACAACAGCGAAGCCCCGUGUCCCUCCCGGACUCCCGUAGCGCUGUCCGGAUGGCUGGACACCGCUGGGAUGACUGGUUCGAGCGGGAGGAGUUCAUCGGGCAGAUCAGCGACAUCCGAGUGCAGAACCUGCAAGUGGAAAGGGAAGUGGUGCAGAAGAGGACCUUCACACGAUGGAUGAAUCUGCACUUAGAGAAGUGUGACCCACCACUACAGAUCCAGGAUCUGUUCCAGGAUAUUCAGGAUGGACACGUCCUCAUGGCUUUGCUCGAGGAGCUCUCUGGCUGUAAACUGCUCCACGGCUUUAAGAAGUCUUCCCAUCGGAUUUUCCGACUCAACAACAUCGCCAAGGUGCUGUCCUUUCUGGAGGAGAGAAAUGUGAAGUUGGUCAGCAUCGAUGCAGCCGACAUCGCUGAUGGAAACUCUUCCAUCAUCCUUGGACUCAUCUGGAACAUCAUCCUCUUCUUCCAGAUCAAAGAGCUGACAGGAAACAUCCGGAGCCAGUUCCCGUCUUCGUCCAGCUUGUCAUCCAUCCCCACCAGUUCGGACUCGGACACGUCCUUCAGCAGCUCUCCUUCAGAGGAGCGACAGUCUGCUGCCAUCACCAUAAGGGAAAACAGCAAGGCCAUCAAGAAGCUGCUGCAGUGGAUCCAAAGGAGAACCCGCAAGUACGGAGUGGCUGUGCAGGACUUUGGGAAGAGCUGGACUAGUGGUCUGGCUUUCCUGGCUGUCAUUAAAUCCAUUGACUCCAGUCUGGUGGACAUGAGGAAGGCCCUGUUGAGGACCCCCAGAGAGAAUCUGGAGGACGCCUUCAGGAUAGCUCACUACAGUUUGGGAAUACCACGACUGCUGGAGCCUGAGGACAUGGCUAUAAACACUCCUGAUGAGCAGUCUAUCAUCAUGUAUGUUUCCCAGUUCUUGGAGCACUUCCCCGGCAUCCAGGAGUCGGAGGAACCUUCCCAGCUGAUUGAACGAAGUGUCUCCAUGGGUAGACUCAACUUUCGUGACAUCGACUCGGAGCACGUGAGGAAUGGAGCUUAUCAAAGCAGAGUGAAGCAGCGAUCCUACAUGUUCCAGAGGGACACCACUCAACCUCCUCCCAAAGUCUUGAUUUCCUCGGUGUCAGAGGACAGAUGUGUCCUGGAGCCACGUUCCAGGGUGACCGCUGCUCGUUCGUGGUCGAGUGAAGACAUCUUGUCAGACUCGCCCCACGCUGAAGACGAGUCAAACAGUGGGGACGUGAACACCAGAGAGUCUGGCAGAGAUGUCCUACAGGACUUUGGUUCCCCUCAAGAGUCGUUUACGUACUCCCCCUCAUCGGUACCAGAGUCGAUGGUUGGUGACUCUGCCAUCAACUCUCCGGACUCCUGGAUGGAGGGCGAGCUGAACCCUGACAGGUUCUCUGAGAGUCGCAGUGACAGUUCCUUAUAUGACAGUGGGACGGCCUGGGAUGUUUACCGGGCCACACCGGUGGAGGUGACACCAUACGACGAGGGAUUUAUCUCAUCGAUCGAGGACAGAGCUCCCGAUGAGGCCAUCAUUGAGACAUGCAUUGAUGAAAGGAGGAGCUCUCUGGACAGAUUUGAUAUGCAGACUGAGAAAAACCAAGAGGAAGAAUGGAAGGAAGAAAAGGAGAACGCUGAGACUCUAUACCAGAACCCAGACUCAGGCCAAACAGCUGAUCUUAGAGAAACCAAACAUAUAGAUGAAACUCAACUUCAAAAGGAGGACAUUUCCAGAGAACAAAAGCCAUUGAUUAAACUCUAUGAAGGAGAAAGUCUGGACAGCUCUGCUUCUGGAGAUCUGCUUAAGAAAUCUGAUCAGUUAAACAGGUUUGAGCCCAUCUUCUCCACUGAACCUCCUGAUGACGAAAACCGUGCUGAAGAAAUCCAUCUGAGAGAACAGGAUGGAGGAGAAAGUCACCAGAAUGGAAAGUAUAACGGUCAAUCAGAAUGUCUAGAGCAGACGUCUGAGGAGGACAAUGGAGGUCAGAGAACUGAUGCAGCUCCAGAAGAUGAAGUAGAAGAUGUAAGACUGAAGUCAGAUAGUUUAAAAGAAGGAAAUGGUAACAUAGAUGGAAGCCUAGAGAUUUUAAGAGACUCCACACAGUGUGAAGAAAGCAGCAGCACAGAAACUUUAGAUAAGCAUGCAGCCAAUGGGGGCACAGCAUUCAAACCAAGUCUGAACAUUCCUCUAAUCUCCAUCACCAGUGAGCCAGAUGAGCCAGACGAAGAGACAGAACUUUACCCAGGAAUUUUGGAUCAGGACAAGCAUGAGGAUCAGUGGGGAAAUUCAGAAGUCUGGAGUUCUCAAGGUCUUGAGAACAGUGUUGGGAGUAACGAUGAUGUACAAGAACCUCCAGAGAAUCCAUCCAGUUUAAUACCAAAACAUACUAAACCAACGAGAGACCCAGAAAGUGACUCUGCAAGGGAUCCGAUUGACCAGGAUGGCAGCUUUGGGACAAACUCAAAAGGUAACAGUGAUGAUUUCCUGGAUAAACAGAAUGUUUCGGCUCAGCAUCCUUCUACCAACUCCGACCACCAGCCUGAUGGAUACGGCUGGAAUGACUCUGAUGGACACUGGGACCAUCCAGGGAACCAUAUGGACUCAUUUAAUGGCUUUCAGAACAUUCUGGAUCCAGGUUCUCAGCAGCUGAAUGGUCAAAUAGCAACGCCGUUUUCUGAACCAACAGAAUUAUCCAGAAACUUGGACCAGUUUUCGUCUGACUAUCACAGAAGCUCUCCAACAGAGGACCUGGUCGGCGACCGAAUAGAACCCAUGGACCUGUUCUACCCUGACAAAGAGGAGUCCAUUCUUCCAGAACCGCCUGACACUGAGAUGCAGAGGUGGCCAUCAGUUCUGAGCGUCUCCGCACUGGAACCGGCGCCACCUUCAGACAGAUCAGAGGACCUGCUGGGUAAUGACUUCCUGAGAGGAGGAGAACAUGAACAUACGCCUUCCGACUCGUCUCCAUCCCAGGAGCAGUGUGUGAUGUGCGGAGUGACGAUCGGAGCUGUGCAGGCCGCUGAUGUUUCCGAAGCAGGCAGCAACGAAGGCCCUCUGAGGAUCGACUCCAUCAGACCAAAUGAGACCCACAUCGCUCCAGUACUCCGACAUAGAAAAGGAGCUCGCCUUUCCGAGUCCACAGACAAACCUAGAGCUGCACCCAGAACGGCUGAACCUGAAGACUCUGAUUUGUGGUGGAAGGAGAACUGGGAGCUAUGUUUGCUGCUGCUGCUGUGGCUGCUGCUCUACUCCUUCAUGGUUCUUCCUCAGAUGGACCUGAAGACGCUGCCGAGCUUGCUGCUCAACCGAUAAACGCGCACGCACGCACAGCCCAACUAAAACACACAAUAAAAGCAUUGAAGGAACCGGAGCUGAGCUGCCAUCCUCCUCUUCGUCACUCACUCCAGCUUAUAUGAAGGCUUUAUUCUUCUUGUCUGACAGAAUUCAUUUUUUUAUUUACUUUUGUAAAAAA